AUGCUCCUCCUCACUUGGUCGCGAAUUGCCUCGUCCCUACGAGCACUAAACCGAACUUGGCGCAGUCAUGCGGGAGCAACCGACCCUACACGCGCGGAAAACCCCCUAUUCGGUCGCCUGAGCGAAGUCGUUCGGUAUACCUGGUAUCUAGGAUUCACAUCGUUCGGGGGACCGCCUGUUCAUUUCCAGAUAUUUCACGCGCGGUUUGUCGAGAAAGAAAAAUGGGUCGAUGAGCAGACGUACCAAGAACUCUUCGCCAUAUGUCAGGGUCUCCCAGGACCAGGGUCAACAAAAAUGUUGUUUUGCUUGGCUUUGCUCCACGCGGGGUUUAUCCCUGCCUUGCUUGCAUUUUUCCUCUGGUCUCUCCCGGGCGCAGUUGGCAUGUAUGCACUCUCUCUCGCCGUGCAACGGAUUGAUGAAACACUUCCUGCUCCAGUUUACGCUCUUCUCUCCGGCCUGAACGCCUCAACUGUAGGCAUCAUUGCUCUUGCUGCUGUCCAGCUAGCUGAAAAGGCCAUCAUUGAUAAGAUUUCCCGAAUCCUGGUAAUCUUUGGCGCAUGUGCUGGCCUCUGUUACAGCGCUCUCUGGUACUUCCCUGUUCUUAUGGUUGCUGGCGGUGUUGCUACUGCACUGUGGGAUGGGCUUGUGUAUCAGCAGAUUUUGAGGGCAACGAAUGCGUGGAAAAAUAGAAAUCGCCAGCCCGAACCAGAAGGUGAUGCUCCCGAUUCAGCAGGCUUGGAGCAUAUGGCUGCGAGAAAUUUAAAUCGAGGACCGGGACUGGAAUUGCUGCGGAUGAGAAAACCAGAGACAGGGGCUUUGCCACAACAAUUAAAGAACGCCCAGGCCUCAGAAGGAAGGGAAGAGCCCCCGUCACAAGAUCAUGCGAUUCGUAUUCGUGUUGGAAUUACAAUUUUCGUUCUCUUUUUCAAACUCGCAGCCUCCUUUAUCGCCAUACUUGUCUCAAGAGCGAAAAUUUCACUACCCCCUUUGGCCCUCGAUCUCUUCGCAAACAUGUACCUCGCUGGCACUGUGAUUUUUGGCGGGGGCCCAGUUGUCAUCCCCUUGCUCCGUUCCUACGUUGUUGACCCAGGCUGGGUCUCCAGUCGAGACUUCUUAAUCGGCCUCGCUAUAAUCCAGGCCUUCCCCGGACCAAACUUUAACUUUGCAGUUUUCCUCGGUGCACUCGCUCUUCGAAGCACAUCCUACCCGACAGUCUUUGGUGCGUUCCUUGGUGGAUUGGGAAUAUUCUUUCCUGGAAUCGCACUCGCUAUCGCGAUUCAGUCCUUCUGGCGUGUUCUACGGAAGCGAAAGUAUGUUAUUGAUUUCCUCCGCGGUGUUAAUGCGUCGGCCGUAGGAUUGGUCUUUACAGCUGUGUACCGGCUUUGGGAAAUAGGGUAUUUGAGUCCGGGGGAACUCGAUGGGCAAAGUCUGGCGAAAGAGCCGUGGUGGGUUACUGUCGCCGCUGUUACUUAUGCUGAGAGUGCGUGGUUCAAGGUUCCUCCUGCGGUCGCGAUUUUGCUAGGUGCUGUGCUUGGGUUGUGUUGGUAUGGAGUCGUUUCUCCUGCGUGGUGA